AUGGCUGCCCCAAGUUCGAAAGAUUUUGCUGCCAUAAAACAUCUUUUAGAACAUGAUAAUCAUAAGAAUCGUAAAGCGAUGCUUGAUUUUGUUGCUAAAGAUCCAAUUUAUAUUCCACGUUACAAUGUUUCUCUAGAAUUUGAACGAGAAAUUGCUUUACAAAGAUUAAAAAAACUGGCUGAUCAAGGAUUUAUUUCUGUUUAUGAUUUUGAAAAAAAUCCUUUAAAUAUUUUUGCUGCUCAUGAAAUCGCCGGUAUGGUCGAUGGUUCUAUGGCCACUAAGAUGACUGUUCAAUGGAAUCUUUUUGGUGGAACUAUGAUCAAGCUUGGAACAGAACGUCAUCGCCAUUUACUUUCUGGAAUUGAUAAUUUGCAAAAUAUUGGUUGUUUUGCUCUUACAGAAUUGGGUUAUGGAAACAAUGCUGUAGAGAUGGAGACUACUGCUGUAUUUGAUGAACAGACGCGAGAAUUUAUUAUUAAUACUCCUUCAACAUUAGCUCAAAAGUAUUGGAUUACAAAUUCUGCAGUACAUGCUAAGUGGGCUGUGGUAUUUGCUCAUAUUAUAAUUCGUGGUAAAAAUGAAGGAAUUCAUACAAUUUUAGUCAGGAUUAGAGAAGAAGACAUGAAAAUUUCUAAAGGUGUAGUUAUUGAAGAUAUGGGUGUCAAAUUUGAAUGUAACGGCGUAAACUGUGGUUUAAAAACUCGAUUUUUAAAAGUUGCCAAUCAAUUACUUUCUGGAAGAUUGGCUAUAGCCGCUAUGAAUUUGGGUGGAACUAAAGCUUGUUUAUCUAUCGCUUUCCGAUAUGCUAAUUCUAGGUUGGCAGUUGGUCCUACUGGAAAGAGUGACACGCCAAUUUUAACAUAUCAACUUCAACAACGUGCCUUGAUACCACUCCUGGCCACUACCAUUGCUUUGAAUAUUGGACUUAAUUAUUGCAAAGUUCGAUGGGCCGAAGGGACCGAAAAGAAUAGUAAUGAUGUCAUUAGACUUUGUUGUGUGAUAAAGCCUUUAGUUACAUGGAAUUUUGAACGUGUGGCUUCUACAUGUAGAGAAAGAUGUGGUGGACAAGGAUAUUUGAGUAUCAAUAGAUUUGGUAGCUUCAUUGGAUUCUCUCAUGCUGGUAUGACAGCUGAGGGAGAUAAUAGUGUUUUAAUGCAAAAAGUUUCUAAGGAGUUGUUAGCUGAUGUCCAAUCUGGUGCUCUCAAAUUACCACGUAUCCCUGGUGCCGAACAUGCGCAAAGAUGGGAUAUAAGAAGUUUAGACAAUCAAUUAAAAUUAUUUAAUCUAAGGGAACAAGCAUUAAUCAAAGAACUAAGUACCAACAUGGCCAUGAAUACUGCUAAAGGGUCAUCCAUUUUCGAAGUUUGGAUGUUGCGGGAAUCAGAUACAGUCCAGGCAUUAGCUAAAGCACACGGCCAUAGAAUAGUAUUAGAACAAGUUGUUCUUACACUUCAAAAACUUAAAGGUGGCUCCCAUUGGCUAGUCCAUAAUAUAGGCUGUCUUUAUGCACUUAAUAUAAUUGACACAAAUCUUGCAUGGUAUAUCACCAAAAAUCUAAUUUCAGUUGAAACAGCAUCAAAGGUACAACCAUUGAUUCGAGAAUUAGUUGCAGAAUUGGCACCAUUAAGUAUGAAAAUUAUUGAUACAUUGGGUGUUGAUCCACGCGUUUUGUAUGCGCCUAUUGCUAGUCAAUGGGCUAGAUUUAAUGAAACCGACAAUCGCGGCGAGAUAUUAAGAGACAUGAGAAUUGGAUUGAGAGCCAGAUUAUGA